GGGUGGGGCAGGCGCGAGCGGCAGUGCUAAAGGAGCCCGGCGGAGGCAGCGGUGGGUUUGGAACUGAGACGCUGGAUCUGUGGUCGCUGCUGGGGACGUGCGCUGGCGCCACCAUCUUCGGCUGAAGAGUCAAUUACUUUUGGAUCCUUCUGUUUACAAUGGCCCAGAGAACUGGACUGGAGGAUCCGGAGCGGUAUCUCUUUGUGGACAGGGCUGUCAUUUACAACCCUGCCACGCAAGCUGAUUGGACAGCUAAGAAGCUGGUGUGGAUCCCAUCAGAACGCCAUGGUUUUGAGGCAGCUAGUAUCAAAGAGGAACGGGGCGAUGAAGUUAUGGUGGAGCUGGCAGAGAACGGAAAGAAAGCAAUGGUCAACAAAGAUGACAUCCAGAAGAUGAACCCACCAAAGUUCUCCAAGGUGGAGGACAUGGCUGAAUUAACGUGCUUGAAUGAAGCGUCUGUUUUACACAAUCUGAAGGAUCGCUACUAUUCAGGACUGAUCUACACUUACUCUGGACUCUUCUGUGUAGUCAUAAAUCCUUACAAGAACCUUCCAAUUUACUCUGAGAAUAUUAUUGAAAUGUAUAGAGGGAAGAAGCGUCACGAGAUGCCGCCGCACAUCUAUGCCAUCUCAGAGUCUGCUUACAGAUGCAUGCUUCAAGAUCGUGAGGACCAGUCAAUUCUUUGCACGGGUGAAUCGGGUGCCGGGAAGACAGAGAAUACAAAGAAAGUCAUUCAGUACCUUGCCCAUGUUGCUUCUUCACACAAAGGAAGAAAGGACCAUAAUAUUCCUGGGGAACUUGAACGGCAGCUUUUACAAGCAAAUCCAAUUCUGGAGUCAUUUGGAAAUGCGAAGACUGUGAAAAAUGAUAACUCAUCUCGCUUUGGCAAGUUUAUUCGGAUCAACUUUGAUGUAACUGGCUAUAUUGUUGGGGCCAACAUUGAAACAUACCUUCUGGAAAAGUCUCGUGCUGUUCGUCAAGCUAAAGAUGAACGCACGUUUCAUAUCUUCUACCAGCUGCUGUCUGGAGCGGGGGAGCACCUCAAGUCUGACUUACUCCUGGAAGGGUUCAGCAACUACAGGUUCCUCUCCAAUGGCUAUAUCCCGAUCCCUGGGCAGCAGGACAAGGAUAACUUCCAGGAGACCAUGGAAGCAAUGCACAUAAUGGGCUUCUCCCACGAAGAGAUUCUCUCAAUGCUUAAGGUCGUAUCUUCAGUGCUGCAGUUUGGGAACAUUUCUUUCAAAAAGGAGAGAAACACUGAUCAAGCUUCCAUGCCGGAAAACACAGUUGCACAGAAGCUCUGCCACCUGCUUGGGAUGAACGUGAUGGAGUUUACUCGGGCUAUUCUCACCCCCCGGAUCAAAGUUGGCCGAGACUACGUUCAGAAAGCCCAGACCAAAGAACAAGCAGAUUUUGCAGUGGAAGCACUGGCAAAAGCUACCUACGAGCGGCUGUUUCGUUGGCUCGUUCACCGCAUCAAUAAAGCGCUGGAUAGGACCAAACGCCAGGGAGCGUCUUUCAUUGGGAUCCUGGAUAUUGCUGGUUUUGAAAUUUUUGAGCUGAACUCCUUCGAGCAGCUGUGCAUCAACUACACCAACGAGAAGCUGCAGCAGCUGUUCAACCACACCAUGUUCGUGCUGGAGCAGGAGGAGUACCAGCGCGAGGGCAUCGAGUGGAACUUCAUCGACUUCGGUCUCGACCUGCAGCCUUGCAUAGACCUCAUAGAGAGACCUGCCAAUCCUCCUGGUGUGCUGGCCCUCCUGGAUGAAGAAUGCUGGUUCCCUAAAGCCACGGAUAAAACUUUUGUUGAAAAACUGGUUCAGGAGCAAGGCUCCCACUCCAAGUUUCAAAAGCCACGGCAGCUGAAAGACAGAGCCGACUUCUGCAUUAUCCACUAUGCAGGGAAGGUGGACUAUAAGGCAGAUGAGUGGCUAAUGAAGAACAUGGACCCUCUGAAUGACAACGUGGCAACUCUCCUGCACCAGUCGUCAGACAGAUUCGUGGCUGAGCUUUGGAAGGAUGUGGACCGCAUUGUAGGUCUGGAUCAAGUCACUGGUAUGACUGAGACAGCUUUUGGCUCUGCAUAUAAAACCAAGAAAGGCAUGUUCCGUACUGUUGGGCAGCUCUACAAGGAGUCUCUCACCAAACUGAUGGCAACUCUCCGAAACACCAACCCCAACUUCGUUCGCUGCAUCAUUCCGAAUCAUGAGAAGCGGGCUGGAAAACUGGAUCCACAUCUCGUGCUAGAUCAACUUCGCUGCAAUGGUGUCCUGGAAGGGAUCAGGAUCUGCCGCCAGGGCUUCCCCAACCGGAUAGUUUUCCAGGAAUUCAGACAGAGAUAUGAGAUCCUAACUCCCAACGCUAUUCCUAAAGGAUUCAUGGAUGGCAAACAGGCCUGUGAGCGGAUGAUCCGGGCUUUAGAACUGGAUCCAAACCUGUAUAGAAUUGGACAAAGCAAGAUAUUUUUCCGAGCUGGAGUUUUGGCACACUUAGAAGAAGAAAGGGAUUUAAAAAUCACCGAUAUCAUUAUCUUUUUCCAAGCUGUGUGCAGAGGCUACCUAGCCAGAAAGGCCUUUGCCAAGAAGCAGCAACAGCUGAGUGCCUUAAAGGUCUUGCAGCGGAACUGUGCGGCGUACCUGAAGCUGCGGCACUGGCAGUGGUGGCGCGUCUUCACCAAGGUGAAGCCUCUCCUCCAAGUGACCCGCCAGGAGGAAGAACUCCAGGCCAAAGAUGAGGAGCUGUUGAAGGUGAAAGAGAAGCAGACGAAGGUGGAAGGGGAGCUGGAGGAGAUGGAGAGGAAGCACCAGCAGCUGCUGGAAGAGAAGAACAUCCUUGCAGAACAGCUUCAGGCUGAGACCGAGCUCUUCGCUGAAGCAGAAGAGAUGAGAGCAAGACUCGCUGCCAAAAAGCAGGAGCUGGAGGAGAUUCUCCAUGACCUGGAGUCCCGGGUGGAGGAGGAGGAAGAGAGAAACCAGAUCCUCCAGAAUGAAAAGAAGAAGAUGCAAGCGCACAUUCAGGACCUAGAAGAACAACUGGAUGAGGAGGAGGGGGCCCGGCAAAAGCUACAGCUGGAGAAGGUGACAGCAGAGGCUAAAAUCAAGAAGAUGGAAGAGGAGGUUCUGCUUCUUGAAGACCAGAAUUCCAAAUUCAUCAAAGAAAAGAAACUCAUGGAAGAUCGCAUUGCUGAGUGUUCCUCUCAGCUGGCUGAAGAGGAAGAAAAGGCAAAAAACUUGGCAAAAGUCAGAAACAAGCAAGAAGUGAUGAUCUCAGACUUAGAAGAACGCUUGAAGAAGGAGGAGAAAACUCGACAGGAACUGGAAAAGGCCAAGCGGAAACUGGAUGGAGAAACAACUGACCUGCAGGACCAGAUCGCUGAGCUCCAGGCGCAAGUCGAUGAACUCAAAAUCCAGCUGACCAAGAAGGAAGAGGAGCUUCAGGGCGCACUGGCCAGAGGAGACGAUGAGACUCUGCAUAAGAACAAUGCACUUAAAGUUGUACGGGAGCUGCAGGCCCAGAUCGCUGAGCUCCAGGAAGACUUUGAGUCUGAGAAGGCAUCACGUAACAAGGCUGAGAAGCAAAAACGGGACUUGAGUGAGGAGCUGGAAGCCCUGAAGACAGAGCUAGAGGACACUCUGGACACCACUGCAGCUCAGCAGGAGCUACGCACGAAACGUGAGCAGGAAGUAGCAGAGCUGAAAAAGGCACUCGAGGACGAAACUAAGAACCACGAAGCUCAAAUCCAGGACAUGAGACAGAGGCAUGCCACAGCACUGGAGGAGCUUUCUGAGCAACUGGAACAGGCUAAGAGGUUCAAAGCCAAUUUGGAGAAGAACAAGCAGGGCCUGGAGACAGACAACAAGGAGCUGGCGUGUGAGGUGAAGGUGCUGCAGCAGGUCAAGGCCGAGUCUGAGCACAAGAGGAAGAAGCUGGACGCCCAGGUCCAAGAGCUGCACGCCAAGGUGUCAGAAGGUGACAGGCUCAGGGCGGAGCUGGCCGAGAAAGCAAACAAGCUACAGAAUGAGCUGGAUAAUGUCUCAACCCUUCUGGAAGAAGCUGAGAAGAAAGGUAUUAAGUUUGCUAAGGAUGCAGCUGGUCUCGAGUCUCAGCUACAGGACACACAGGAGCUCCUUCAGGAGGAGACUCGCCAGAAACUGAACCUAAGCAGUCGGAUCCGGCAGCUGGAGGAGGAGAAGAGCAGCCUUCAGGAGCAGCAAGAGGAGGAAGAGGAGGCAAGGAAGAACCUGGAAAAGCAGCUGCUGGCCCUGCAGUCCCAGUUGGCUGACACCAGGAAGAAAGUGGACGAUGACCUGGGGACAAUCGAGAGUCUGGAAGAAGCCAAAAAGAAGCUGCUGAAGGACGUGGAGGCACUGAGCCAGCGGCUUGAGGAGAAGGUGCUAGCAUACGACAAGCUGGAGAAGACUAAGAACCGGCUGCAGCAGGAACUCGACGACCUGACGGUGGACCUGGACCACCAGCGUCAGAUCGUCUCCAACUUGGAGAAGAAACAGAAGAAGUUCGAUCAGCUGUUGGCAGAGGAGAAAAGCGUCUCUGCUCGCUAUGCAGAAGAGCGGGACCGGGCUGAAGCUGAGGCCAGAGAGAAAGAAACCAAAGCACUCUCCCUGGCACGGGCCCUUGAAGAAGCCUUGGAGGCCAAGGAGGAAGUCGAGAGGCAAAAUAAGCAGCUCCGAGCAGACAUGGAAGACCUGAUGAGCUCCAAAGACGAUGUGGGGAAGAAUGUCCACGAGCUUGAAAAGUCCAAGCGAGCCCUGGAGCAACAGGGGGAGGAAAUGAGGACCCAGCUGGAGGAACUGGAGGAUGAGCUCCAGGCUACUGAGGAUGCCAAGCUGCGCCUGGAGGUCAACAUGCAGGCCAUGAAGGCCCAGUUUGAGAGGGACCUGCAGACCAGAGAUGAGCAGAAUGAGGAAAAGAAGCGGCUGCUGCUCAAACAGGUUCGAGAACUCGAGGCGGAGCUGGAGGACGAGCGGAAACAGCGGGCGCUGGCUGUGGCAGCGAAGAAGAAGAUGGAGAUGGACCUCAAGGACCUGGAGGCUCAGAUCGAGGCUGCAAACAAAGCCCGCGAUGAAGUCAUCAAGCAGCUUCGCAAACUUCAGGCACAGAUGAAGGAUUACCAGCGUGAACUAGAAGAAGCUCGCGCAUCCAGAGAUGAGAUUUUCGCUCAAUCCAAAGAGAGUGAAAAGAGACUGAAGAGCCUGGAGGCAGAAAUCCUUCAGCUGCAGGAGGAGCUGGCGUCGUCUGAGCGAGCCCGCAGACACGCAGAGCAGGAGCGAGACGAACUGGCUGAUGAGAUCGCCAACAGCGCCUCUGGCAAGUCUGCCCUGCUGGAUGAGAAGCGGCGCCUGGAGGCUCGGAUCGCACAGCUGGAGGAGGAGCUGGAGGAGGAGCAGAGCAACAUGGAGCUGCUCAACGACCGCUUCCGCAAGACCACGCUGCAGGUGGACACACUGAACACAGAGCUGGCAGCAGAACGCAGCGCUGCCCAGAAGAGCGACAAUGCCCGUCAACAGCUGGAACGACAGAACAAGGAGCUGAAGGCCAAGCUGCAGGAGCUAGAGGGGGCUGUCAAGUCCAAGUUCAAGGCUACUAUCUCGGCCCUGGAAGCCAAGAUUGGGCAGCUGGAGGAGCAGCUUGAGCAGGAGGCCAAGGAACGAGCAGCUGCCAACAAACUAGUCCGACGGACAGAGAAGAAACUGAAGGAAAUCUUCAUGCAGGUUGAGGACGAGCGGCGACAUGCGGAUCAGUACAAAGAGCAGAUGGAGAAGGCCAAUGCCAGAAUGAAGCAGCUUAAACGCCAGCUGGAGGAAGCUGAAGAGGAGGCUACACGUGCCAACGCGUCUCGGCGUAAGCUCCAAAGGGAACUGGAUGACGCCACCGAAGCCAAUGAGGGUCUAAGCCGUGAGGUCAGCACUCUGAAGAACCGGCUCAGGCGGGGCGGCCCAAUCAGUUUUUCCUCAAGCCGAUCUGGCCGGCGCCAGCUGCACAUUGAGGGGGCCUCGCUGGAGCUAUCAGACGACGACACGGAAAGUAAGACCAGUGACGUCAACGAGACGCAGCCGCCCCAAUCAGAGUAGACAAAGGAGACUGGAGGUGACACAGAGGACAGGCUGGAACUCCUCAACCCAAUGCUAGUCUGCUUGAGCCCUGCACUCAGUGGCAAGCUCCGGGACUCCUCACAGGAAGAUCCACUGUGUCUUAAGGCUUUGCGGCCUGUGCAGACUGUAUCCUGCUUCAGACUAGGUACAAUGGCCCCCUUUUUAUAUAUACACCUCCACCAGACAUGCGUAUUAAACAGACUGUCCAUCGUUGCAUCUAUUUUCCAUAUACUCAUCAAGAGACCACUUUAUGACACAUAAGAGGAGAUAACCCUUUUUGAAACAAAUUCUAGACCCUUUGUUGCCCGUCGCUGGGCCUGGGGCCGCCCCAGGUGUUGCUCAGUUGCUCUGCAUGCUGUUACUGACAGGUACCUUAGUUCUGCGUCCAUGUGGCCCUGACCCCUCAACCACAUCCAGUCUCUUAGAACGUUGUGGACCUAACCUUCGCUUUGUCUCAUUUCCUUUGAGUAAUGAUCACUGUCUCUGUGAGCAAACUGUGAAAGGGGCUUUGGAGGCUUAGGAGGGGUGGGUUGGACUGGGGAAGCAGCAUCAAUUUGGGGUUAUCCUGCCCAUGUCCCAAGGGGUGUCCCCACCAUCUCAUGUGAAUAGAGUCUUUGGCCCAGGGCUGUCUGCACAUAGAGAGGAUGGUGGCCACAACACAGCGAAGGCACCCCAGGUGGCAGCCAUCACAUGACUUCCAGGUGGUCUCCUGAAGUGUCUGGCUUGCUGGGAUAAGUGAGCCACUGUGACUCUUGGGAUGCUCACAGACGUUCUCUCCAACCAGCCAGACCCUCCUGCUGACCUUACAAAUCCAGCCACUGCUUUGAGCCCAAAACGGGAACAUUGGUUUUGUGUUGGAGGUGUGUUCCAAGUUUGUUAAUGAGGCUAAAGGACCUCAAGAACAGAUGCCAUCUGCCUGAAUGUUGACAUCCCAGUGGGUGUGUGAUCCUUCAUUUUUCUUUUUCCCUUCCUUUGGACAGUGUUACAAUGAACACUUAGCAUUCUGUUUUUGGUAGAUAGUUGAGCAAACUGACAUUACAGAAAGUGCCUUAGACACUACAGUACUAAGACAAGGUUAACUCUAGGAUUUGCCUCUAGAACAACUUCAUGUGUUAAGUUUGACUGUGCUUCGUAUCAUGUACCUCUAGGAAAGUAGUGUAGACAGACAUUCAGUGAGCAAAUCAGUGUUAAUGACAAAUCCCGAUCCUUGGCAAUGUGCUUGAAAACACAGACCUUUUGGGUUAAAAGCUUUAACAUCUGUUAGGAAGAAUUUGUCACAUGGGUUUGGAAUCUGAUCUCCCCUGUAUGGAUUGUACUGGCUGUUGACCACCAGACACCUGACUGCAAACAUCUUUUCUUGUACUCCCAUAUUUCUAGACAAUGAUUUUUGUAAGACAAUAAAUUUAUUCAUUAUAGAUA